UUAGAUUUGCCAAUAGCUUGAAUCCGAUCAUCGAAAAUGCCCGCCCCAGAACCCACCCAAACGGCCAGCUCGUCGACAAGCAUCGACUUGACUCCGCGCCGGACUGUUGCUGGACCCGGCUUGUGUGCUUUGUAUGCCCAGCCUGCAAUCCGCAACAAGUACCCGAACAAGCAAAACCUGCUUCCGCCUGAUCUGGUGAUUGCAUGCAACGAUCCCAUCAACCAGGUUCCGCGCAUCGACAGCACGACUCGCCUGUCGUUGGCAACCACGCCGCUUCCUGUGACGAGCCAACCAACCACCCCGAGCACCGCAACUCCGCAGACCCCGCAGACCCCGCAGGAUCCGAAAAUCACGCCGUACUCGCCUGAUGGUCGGGUAGCCACCCGCUUGCAGUGGAUGCACGAAGGCAAAAAUGUCCAAGUGUCGGGGUCGUACGACGACUGGCAGAGCUUGACGCCGCUAAAGCGCAACCCCGCCACAGGAUUUCUGCAAACCGUGCUGCAGCUCCCACAAGGCGUUCACCAGUACAAGUUCAUGGUCGAUGGGCAGUGGAGGUGCUCCUCCUACCUCCCGACUGCGCACGACCCUCGAGGCAUUGAAAACAAUGUGAUUGAAGUCUGCCCGACCUUGCCCGUGAAGAGUCAACAGCAGGAGCAGCAACCACAGCAGCAGCAACAACAACAGCAGCAACAACAACAGCAGCGACCACGCGCCACAAACCUGGUGGUGCACAUUCAGAAGCCCGAGCGGGUUUUGUAAAUCUGACGUUUUAAAUGUUUGACUUUUCAAGGUUUUGUUUUUUCCGUACCCAAUGUAAAUAGACGCGCAAACACGCA